UGGUAUAAAACUGCUAAUGAAUUCUCAGUUUUAUUUAGUAUAAUCUUAGUUUUAAAUAAUAUCUCAGUUUUACUUGCACUUUUCUCGACUUUCGAUUUAUAUAACUAUCGUUAGAUGUUUAAUUCAGAAUUAAUAAUGGCGAAAAUGUUGGAUAGUAGUCCCAAUGCGGCACUCAACAAAUCGCUUCUUCAGCAUUACCUUACUCUACCCAUUCCAGAUGGUAAAUGCCAGGCUACGUAUAUUUGGAUUGACGGAUCAGGAGAAAAUGUCAGAUGCAAAACUAGGACUUUAGAUUUUGUUCCAACAUGCCCAAAAGAAUUACCAGUGUGGAACUUCGACGGAAGUUCAACAAAUCAAGCCAAAGGACACAACUCAGAUGUCUUUCUGUGCCCAGUAGCUAUGUACAAAGAUCCAUUCCUCAGAGGAAACAACAAAUUAGUCCUAUGUGAUACAUACAAAUACGAUAGAACUCCCACGGAGACCAACCAUAGAGUAACAUGCCUGCAGGCAAUGAAAGCGGCACAAGAAGAGAAACCGUGGUUCGGAAUCGAACAGGAAUACACAUUGUUAGAUAUGGACUUGCGCCCGCUUGGCUGGCCCAAGCACGGUUUUCCAGGACCCCAAGGACCUUACUACUGUGGUGUUGGAGCGAACAAAGUGUAUGCUCGUGAUAUUGUCGAGGCGCACUAUAGGUGCUGUUUGUAUGCUGGUGUCACAAUCUCCGGAACCAAUGCUGAGGUUAUGCCUGCACAGUGGGAAUACCAAGUAGGACCUUGCGAAGGCAUUUCAAUUGGUGAUGAAUUGUGGAUCUCUAGGUAUAUCUUACAGCGAGUAGCCGAAGAUUACGGUGUAAUUGUAACUUUUGAUCCCAAACCGAUGGAAGGUGACUGGAACGGAGCUGGAGCUCACACCAACUUCUCAACUCAGGUUAUGAGAGAACCAAAUGGCAUUGGGGCAAUUGAAAAGGCCAUUGAAAAACUUAGCAAAAACCACGCUAGGCACAUCAAAGCCUACGAUCCCAAAGGAGGAAAAGACAACGAACGUCGUCUUACUGGCAAACACGAAACAUCUUCUAUCCAUGACUUUAGUGCUGGUGUUGCAAAUCGUGGAGCCAGUAUCAGAAUUCCCCGUGGCUGUGCCGAAGACAAGAAAGGAUACCUGGAAGACAGAAGACCUGCCUCAAAUUGCGAUCCUUACUCAGUAUCUGAAGCUAUCAUCAGAACAUGCUGUUUAAAUGAAUGAAUGUAGAAUGUACACCUAAUUGUAUUAUACUUCCUUACACAUUUUAUAAAUUAAUGUUAUAUAUUUUAUGUUAUAAUAUAGGUAUUGUUUUAAUUUAAUUUUCCAAAUUAGUGUAAAAUUAAAAUCCAUCAGUUUAUUAUGAUGGUAUAGUUAUCACAUCACACGAAAUAAUAUUAUUGUUGCUAUUUGUAUAUGUAUUCUAUUAAAUAAUAUCUAUUGAUA